UUCCGGGCUUGCUAGGCAUGCUCACCGCUGUCAGACGCAAUAAAGUGCAGUUUUUAUUAAUUCAUUAAUUAGUUAUGCACUGCACAGAGAAAACCCCCGUAGAAGUACUAAAGCAUCAGAUAUAACAUUUCCAGAGAUGGGCUCUGUUCGCUGGGCUGUUCGCUGCGGGUCGUGGGCACCGACCCGGUCUGACUGGCUGUUUGCUGCUCGUUGCAUUCAGCGGGAGGAGAAGGACAGGAUCGGACAGUUUGUGUUUGCAAAGGAUGCCAAGUCAGCCAUGACUGGCAGGUUGUUGCUGAGGAAAUUUGUGAAUGAGAGGAUGGGGAUCCCCUGGGCAGAGAUCAGACUGGAGCGAUCCCCCAGAGGGAAACCUUAUCUGGCAGCACCACUGAAGGUCAGUCCAGAUUCAGAUCCUAAACCCCCGGCCUGGAGUUUCAACUUGUCCCACCAGGGGGACUACGCUGUGCUCGCUGCAGAGCAGGGGAUGCAGGUGGGGGUGGAUAUCAUGAAGACCACCAUGCCAGGUAGCAGCUCUGUGCCAGAGUUUUUCCGCAUCAUGACUCGUCAGUUUACAGUGUACGAGUGGAGCGUCAUCCAAUCAGGCGGCUUGGAGCACCAGCAGCUUGCCGCGUUCUACCGACACUGGGCCUUAAAGGAGAGCUUCAUCAAAGCCAUCGGCACGGGUCUGGGCUUCAACCUGCAGAGGGUGGAGUUUCACCUUCCCUCUGAACCGCUAACACAGAAACAUGUACUGCGCCAGACCAAGAUGCAUCUAGACGAGGAAGAAGAAGACGACUGGGUAUUUGAAGAGAGCUUGCUGGAUGCUGAUCAUCAUGUUGCUGUAGCUCUCGGACCAGCAGACAAUGCAGCCUCUGCACCUCUUUGUCCAACGCCUCCUCCUCCCACCUCAUUUACGCUGCUGUCGUUCAGUGACCUCAUCGCCUCGGCCUCACCUCUGACAGAGGAAGACCCAGCCUACUGGGAAAGCUUCAAAAUGAAGGCAGAAGCUCCACAGAGACAACAAGAAACACACACAUCCAAAUAACCACCCCACAGCCUCCCCACACGCACCUAUCAAAAGUGCCCAAAGAAAACAACAUACUGACACUGAAGCUGCUUUCUCAUUCAAGUCAAGUCAAGUUUAUUUAUAAAACCAAAAAUGACAGGUUUGUCUCUGAGGGCUUCAGAAUUCAUACAACAUCUGACACCUUCUCUCUUUGGAUCCUUGAUUCAGAUGAAAAAAUAAACCUGUAUAUGCCUCAUACACAGAAAUGUUGUGCAGUACAUCAAAGCAUUUAAUGUUGAUCAAUAGAUUGAUAUCCUGUGAAUUUUGUUAAAGUCCUGUUUAAUUUAUGGUACACAUUGUCCAAGAUUUUGCAGUGAACACUUCAUUAUUACCCUUGUACGCUCUCAAAAACAAAUUGAUUAAAAUAGAUCUGUAAUACCUGCUGUAAAUAAUGUAUAAUAUGUAAGAUAAGUAAGGCAUAAUUCACAGAUAAAUAGAUGAUUAAUGGACCGUAAUUACUUAAUUUUAAGAUGUUGGUUUUGGAUGCAAGGAUCAUAAAAUAACUACUCUAAGUUGCAAUGUCAAAGUUUUGGUGUUUACUUGAUGUCGCUCUUAAAAAAUAUUUGUUUCAUCUCAAGGCCUCUGUUUUUUUAUUGUCUUCGGUCUUUUCUCCAGCAGUUAUUGUGAGUUCAAUGCAGAGCAAUUUCUAAAGUAUCUAAUAACUACUAGACGUUCUGUUGGACAUUUCUUUCCUUCCUGUUCUCGAUCUCUGUGUCCUAUUGCACUUCUAGUAUGGGCACAGAGCCGGGUAAUAAUUCAGUGUGAUCAUUUAACAAUAAUCUGAGGUAUUCACUUCACGAUCAUAUUGUGUCAACAUUUUAUAAAACUGCUG